AUGAAUUUUCCGCUCUUUCCGCCGGAUACAUUCUCGCCCACUACAUGUGCCUCCCCCAUUCCCAUCAGUUGUCAAUCCACAACCUCCCUAACACACGCUUACUCCGCCUACCAAUUGAGUGCUUCUGAUACUCAGCAGACCCUCAAGACUCCAAACCAUCAUCAUCAUCCUCAUUCUCACCAACAUCAACCACAACCACCAUCUUACAGUCCUCAUUCUCCUCUAACCUGCCAUCAUAAUGCCUCGUCGCAGCAUCCAGGCCCACAGUUGAUGGCAGCAGCAGCAGCGGCUGCCGCGGCAGCUGCGGCAGCCGCCGCCGUCGCCAUGCGUCAGGCAACAGUGGGUCAUCUGGGCUUGCCGGGAGCGGAUUCUAGUGCUGACGAGCCCCAAGUCUUUUCAGGGCAGACCUCAACGAUUGCCCGGCAGGAUACAGGCGAAGCUCAGCUCACCUCUACUACAGAGAUCUGUACCUCUGAAGCCCCAGUACCCACCUUCAAGAACCGACAUUCACCCACAAUUACCGCCUCCACGAGUUCUCCACCGCUUGCAAAGGUCUCUUUCUCACAAGACCCUUAUUCAGCAGUAGCAAUGCCUGCUGAGGUCUGUUCUACCGCCUCAGAUGUCUACCUGACCUCGUCUGGCCUGGCGCAAGGCUACAGCCUGCGAACAUUGCAGACUCUCUCCUCUUUGAAUGAGCCUAUGCCUCGGCUGAAUGAGGCUAGGGAGCCUCAACGCAGUCUCUUAUACGCUCAUAAUUCACUGUCCACUCGCAUGCACUCUCAACACAAGAAUACUGCUCAACCAAACGUCGCCGCACACUCCCUUUACAAGCAACCCACUGAGAUGUCCUUGAAUCCUGUACAUCCUCCUCCUCAUCAUCAUCACCAACAUCAUAGUCAUCAUCAACAGCAACAAUUACUACAGCCAUCCUCGCAACAGCAAAGUCAACACCUGAUGCCGGAUCCAAGCGAUAACUCACACAUUAAUCCCUUUAACUCUCCUAACUCGUUUCACCUCGGACAUCAGAUACGCCAAGACGUUGCCUAUCCUCUGUCUAACGGCUAUACGUCCAGCUCCGAUCUGGAAUAUGCCCUCUCCACAGUGGAUUCUGCCUAUGCCGGUGAUUCAACGAGCCAUUCGUCCGUCUAUCAGUCCGCCUGUUUUUUCGGUUACCCCGACACCAGACGUCAACAUGCAGAUGCCGAUACGAGCUCUCAACAGAUGACGGCUGGAGGACAUCCUGGUGUAUCCUAUUUCGCAUCGACUGCCCUCACAAACACUAGUUGCGUGAGCAGUAAUAGUAGCGGCAGUCACAAUAACCACAGUCACAACCAUCAUAGCGACAACAUCAUCAACCCUGAAUCAACUGUCAUCUCGCCAGCAAAUACCUAUAAUCUCGGAGUGUCGGGUUAUGAUGAAGUAUCCUCUGCCGUGAGCUCGAUGAGGCCUAAUAGCGGACAUUCCUGUUACCAGGCCAGAGUCACGUCUCCGGGUCCAAUGGGCUCCGCUAUCGACAAGUUGACUGGGUGGGUGGGCGGAACUAAGGCGAGAUGCAUAAAUCGGCCGAGCUCGGAUAGUCAUCGGCAAGAACCUGGAAUCCCCGGCUCGCAUGUGCUCUCAAACCUCCCUCCAGUCUCCUCAUCCGCCGCCUCCUCCUCCUCCUCCUCUUCCUCCUCCUCUUCCUCCUCCUCUUCCUCCUCCUCUUCUUCUUCUUCCUCCAGUCUGGCCAUUUCGCCUUCUACCUCGUUGGCUAUACAGCCUUCGAUGUGGUCCAGUUGUGAGUCGGCCUCCUCUAGGAAUAACCAACAUUUUCCAACAAGCCUGGCCGAGCUUCCAAGCAGUUCAGCCGCAAUCAGUUACACUGGUUUUCCAAACUGUCGCCCCAUGAGAAUGGAUCAGGCAAGGCUGGCAGAAGAGGAGCUGGGUGGACAGGAAGAUGAGGAAGAAGAGGAGGAAGAGGAGGAAGAGGAGGAAGACGGAGAAGAGGACAGCGAGGACGAAGCCACAAUGGAGGAUGCCAGUACCGGGGAUCAGACCUCUAAAGCGUCUUUUAGGUUGUUAGCUCCCGUGGCCAAAGGUUUGACCGAUCUGAAGCCAUCUCGACGGCUCUGUCUCGCGCAUCCCGGCUUUGUAGCCAACGGAACUGCAGGACCGAGUCCUGGCUUUCGGCACCCCGUUGCCUCAUCCGUCUCUUAUUCCUUCACAUCCUCCUCUUCUACUGCCUCUUCUUCUCCCCAUUCCACUAUUAUCACAGCUACUACCGAGAUGCCUUCGACUAGCCCGAAUCUUAGGGCCCCACCAGCAUCACUGUCGAAUGAGCCCCUCUUUGCAACCAGCGCCAUCGUUGCGCCCACCUCAACUUCAUCAGCCGGCAACACCAAUUCGACUCUGGUGACCGAUUCGGGCUACAGUCCUGUAGCCGCCCACCUGUACACUUGUUUAUCCGAUCAUGCCUUCAGACUUCAUACAACCAACUCCCUCUCCACCUCCGUAUCCGCACCCUCAUCUGCAACCUCUUCCUCGUCCACUCCACCGCCCUCGUUUCCCCCUCGAGCGGCCAGCAGCUUGGUGCCACCGAACCCCACGGUAUUGAUACACCUACAUCGAAUGCACUAA